UCGGAUUUCGACCGAGCUCGGCUCAGAAGCCAGUUGUUGGCGCUGUCCGUGGUGCUGAGGAAUUCCCAGCUGCCGGCAGAAUGAGCUCCAAAUCAGCAGUCUGCAAACUGCUCUCAGUGAUGCAGAAACCCAGCUAAAGUUGCUCCUUUCCUUCACGUCCACAGUUAGUAUUUUCUGGUGUUUAAGAGGGGAUUCAAGCAACAUAUCGUGGAUGAUGCUGACGGUAUUGCCAGUGGAGUGGGUUUUAAGCUACAGCAUGCUGUCGCUGAUUUUGAUCCUCAGAGCCUAGCCAAAUCACCUCUACUGCCAUAUCAAACACUGUGUAAGUGAACUCAUGUGUGGAGGAGGCGUAAUCAGCCGGGAAAUUUCAUAGAAGGAUCUGGGAAAAGGCUAAAAAUAAGUUCAACAUGAUUCUGCUACUGGGGUCUGGAUUGCUAUAGGACCAGCAUUGCUUCUUGCUUUGAAUUCUGAAGACAGAUCCAAAGCAUAUUUCUUAUGUGUGUCUGCAGUGUUUCUCUCUGGAAGGGCGGGAGACUGCUUCUUGACUGUGUUUUGAAAUGGGAGGUAGAAUGGAUUGCCUUUAAUUCAAGCCUGAAAAUGUAUUCUUUGGAUAAUUAAAAAGAAACUGCUUUUCUAAAACAUACCUGAUCUUUUAGUUUCUAUUGGUCAAUGACCCCCACCACCACCAUUUAACCUCCAGAGUGAUUAGCCUGCCCCUCUUGUAUUCUCAUGGAAGGAGCUGAGUAUAUCUAAUAUUAGGAGAACAUCCAGAAUCCUUUGAGGAGGGGGAUGGCUCUUCAUAUUCAUGAAGCUUGCAUACUUCUGUUGGUCAUCCCCAGAUUGGUCACCUCUGCUGCCAUCAGUCAUGAAGACUAUCCUGCUGAUGAAGGUGACCAGACUUCCAGUAAUGACAAUCUGAUUUUUGAUGACUAUCGAGGGAAAGGGUGUGUGGAUGACAGCGGCUUUGUGUACAAGUUGGGAGAACGAUUUUUCCCAGGGCAUUCCAACUGUCCAUGUGUCUGUGCUCUGGAUGGACCUGUUUGUGACCAGCCAGAAUGCCCUAAAAUUCACCCAAAAUGUACUAAAGUGGAACACAAUGGAUGCUGUCCUGAGUGCAAGGAAGUGAAAAACUCUUGUGAAUAUCAUGGGAAAAAUUACAAAAUCUUGGAGGAAUUUAAGCCCUCUCCAUGUGAAUGGUGUCGCUGUGAGCCCAGCAAUGAAGUUCACUGUGUUGUAGCAGACUGCGCAGUUCCUGAGUGUGUCAACCCAGUCUAUGAACCAGAACAAUGUUGUCCUGUCUGCAAAAAUGGUCCAAACUGCUUUGCAGGAACUACGAUCAUUCCGGCUGGCAUUGAAGUGAAAGUGGAUGAAUGUAACAUCUGUCACUGUCACAACGGGGACUGGUGGAAGCCUGCUCAGUGUUCAAAACGCGAAUGCCAAGGCAAGCAGACUGUGUAGAACAGAUUCCCACCCGACGACGAGCUCUUAGGAGAGAAUGCUAUGCCUUCUACACUGCACAUGUUUAAAACAAGAGAAAACAAACAAACUCCUGCCAGCUACAACAGGGUCACCAGCAAAACCUUUUAGGGUUGACAAAAGUGAACAUUUUACUAAGAGGAAAUUUCUCUUUCUUUCUUGCUAUAUAAAAUAUAUAUAGCAUAUAGCUAUCAAAACUGCUUUUGUAAUUAUCCAUGCUUGAUGGUGACUUGACAACUGGAUUUCUGGAACAAAAAGAAAGAAAUAGCCUUGUACAGGUUUCUUCUCUGGUGACACCUCUGGCCUGCCAGCUCACCAUCCACUGACUUUCUCCAUUUUUACUCUUCUGUAAACCUGGCAUUUUUCUCUUGGAGUGAUUUAUUUUUUCCUCUUUAGAGUCUAAGGGGCCAGAUUUGACUGCACAGUAAGGUUUUGAGUUGUGUCAAAUAAGCUUCAGUAAAGCAGUGUCAGGAGUGAGGACCCUCCUGAUUAGGAAUAUGCAAAAGCACCCAAGCGAUCACUCCCCUCGAGUGAAUCUUGCCCUGCAGGGUCAGAAGAGAGAGGUGCACAUAGCUGGACCCACUGCUGGGCUGGGUGCGGAACUGGAGCUCAGUGCACUAUGCGGGGACUCACAAUUUGAUUCUUACAAACCACACAUUUCAUUCACAAAAUUUUGAAACUGCCGAUCAAAAACUAAUAUGUGAAGAAUACCACGAGCAUCACUAAAGAAUCCAAAGGGAGACAGGUAUUCAAAAUUGCAGCAUCAAUCACCAGACUCUCUCAUGAUGCUGAAUUGAAGUUCGGCUCAUAAUGAAACACACUACACCCACUCUGUCCCCUGGCACGAUAAAUACCAGAACCAGGGUGAGCAGCCCCACUGUGAAUCUGAAUCCUUCUGAACACUUCCGGCUUUUGAGUUCAGAUUUGGCUGAAAGCCAGUCAUACACACAGGCAGUUUUUCUGGUUCGGGACUGUGUUUGCCAUGUUACAGUAACGACCGCUCAGCCCUCUGUCUAAAACAUAAGAUUCAGGACACUCUUUCCACCUCAAGUGCUGAUUUAAAGAUUAGGGUAGAGUGAGUCUUGCACAAUACAAUUCCAUUUGUUGAACAGUUUUUAAAAUGUAUAUAUAGACACUGAACAAUUAAAAUGAACCUUUGAAGAGUCUCAAGGUUGCCCUGGUAAUGCUGCUAGUAUAGGAACAGAAAAAAUAAAAUACACAGGGUAUCCGAUGCCACCUCUAUUCAAGUGCAAACUUAACAAUUCUGAAACCACAUGGCAUAGCUAGUCACUUAUUCCACUCUCCUGUCUUGAAAACCCUGGCACAGAUCUGGUAGGGUCCUUGAGGAACCUUGAAGGUUGUCUUCAUUACCAAUGUUCUUUCCUUUUCUGCUCCCACUCUCACCUGGGCUUGGCCAUAGCUCCAGCGGAGUUGCCGCAUUCCUGUACAAGGUCUCUCAACCUCAGCGCUAUUGACAUUUGGGGCCAGACAAUUAAUUGUCAUUGGGAGCUGUCCUGUGCAUUUUUAGGAUGUUUAGCAGCAUUCUUGGCUUCUAUCCACUAAAUGCCAAGAGCAGUACCCUAACUGUAAUAACAGAAUGUCUCUGGACAUUGCCAAAUGUCCCCAGGCUGUGUGGAAGGGGGCAGAAUUUCACCUGGUUGAGAACCAUUGGUCUAGAAUAAUCAGUACAGAGUGGUUUUCUACCGGGAGGAGGGGAAGUACCAGGCAAGGUCUGGCUGAGGCUGUGGCUUUGGUGAGCCUCUGAGCCCUUGCGGACAGGCACGACCAGCAGCCCCCAGGGGACGGGUCAGUCUCCUCCAAAGGGAGUGACGCUUCAUCACCACAGGUCCACCCUCAGGACACACAUCUCUUUAGUCUCAUCAACUGGGUUUUCCUUUAAAAUCGUCAAGCCUCUCCUCCCUGGAAGCUCCUCCCGUCAUCAAGAAAGAGCUGUCAUUUCCAAAAUUAAUGUGUUGACGAGUUGGACCUGACACUUCUCACACACACUGUGCUCGUGUUCUGAUACCAACAGUCAGGCUGGCGCCAUCCGAGGGAGAACAUCGAGCCGCCUUCCCUUAGAACACCAAUUCGCAGCAAGGGUGGUGCUUUUCAGUUGCCACCCUGGAUACAUCCUAAAGACAGUCAUGAAUCAUUCAUGAACCGUUCUGCAUGAUUUAUUCCCACACUUCACAGCAAAGGCACUCCACACUUCAGCUUGUUUCUAGACAGAGAUGUAUCAUAGAGCUUUCUUUGCCCUGAGGUUGCCUACUGCCAGCCUCAAAAAUCUUCACUCUUGGAAAGAAAUAAUAAUAAUAAAUGACAGGAAUAAGAUUUGAAACCCAGAAAACAUCAUUAAUAGGGCCAUGUUUCAUAGUACCCUAUCUAUUAUUAAGGAGUUACUAUGUCCUUUGUAGAAAACAGAAGGCGAGAGCCACUGGGAAGCCAGGGUACAGAAAUUUUGCAUCAAAGGCUGGGCACAGUGAGAGUCACAACAAGAAUUUUCGAGAAUGAAGUACACUACCCAUCAAGAAACUCUCUUCAGAGAGUUUGCAGAAUGAAGGCUGCCCAGCGGCCUCUGUUACCAGCCAGAGAGAGGGAUUAUUUUAUUGUUGUCCUUGGAUUUUUUUUUUUUUUCCCUCUCAGAGUCUCACUACAAGCUGUUUCCUUUAAGACUUUGUAGCACUGACAUUUUUCCCCCUUUAGGGAGAGAUGAACCUAUACUGUGACAGAAUUUCUCAUAAACUGAUAAACACUUUACAACUUCCUUCUACCCAGUCAUUGAGAAAUCCUUUCCAAACUCUGAACAACACAGUUCUGGUUUCAUCUGUUGUUGUUGUUGUUGUUUUUCUUUUGAAAGCUUUGUCUGCAGCUACCCCAUCACCACUACCCUCUUACAUCUCCUCCGCCUUUGGUUCUUGGCUUUAACUACAGCUCUGUUUAAAUAAAGGAUCAACAUCCUGAUUGACAGCUGAUGCCUGUUAAAAAAUGAUUCAGUUUCUAAAAUCUUUGAAAAAUGGUGUGCCUGAAAACUAGUGAGAGAAAAAAAAAAAACACUAAACACUCAACUGUAAAAAGGGGAUUCUAGCUACAAUAUUUGAUGUGUAAAAGAAUAUAUUAUUAAAAAACUAUUUUGUUAAAUAUAAAGUGUGUUAACCAGCAAA